AUGCCUUGUAGCAAUGCUGAUUUCUCCCCAUCAGGCUUGAGGUCAAAAUGCCUCACCUUGAGAGGUAAGAAGCAUGUUUACUGCUGGGCACUAGGAGGUCAUGACGGGUGUGGCAGUAAAAAGACCCCUCCCAAAUUAGUGGCUCCUGAUUAUCCCAUGGAAGCAGUGCUACUAAGAGAGGUGAAGGAAACUGAACAGGCGGUGAAGGAGAGGCCGAGCUCCUAUACACCAAGCUCCAGAAGAAGCACCAAGGAAGUCAUUGGCCUGUUCCUUGGUGAUCAAAGGAAGAUGAUGGUUUCAUAA